GUCUCGCGACAGGGUAUUAAUCCCCUGGCGUCUUUCUUGUACCAUCUGCGUACCCUUCGCCUGGUCGGGGGAACGAGCUGGGGGAAGUCCAGCAAGUCAUCGAUUCUUUCUCGAUGACAGAAAAACUCCGCAACAACAAGAACAUGCUCCAAGAUUCUCUUGCCGCUGUCAAGGAGACAGUAGAGAAGGCCAAAGACCUCGAUAAGACCGCAAAGGACAUAUUGCAAGUACAAUCAGCUCUCAAUUGGCAUCGUCAAUUUAGCUUUAAAAUGCAAAAAGCAGAUGAAAACACAACCCCAAAACAACUGGACGAUCUUUACAAGUCAACACGUACCUUGAUCCAGGGCUGUUUGGGUGAAGAUCUCGGGCAGGCCGUACUCGCUGAUUCCGAGAGAUGGAACAAAAUCCGCGACCACGUUGUUGUUCAUCAAAUCACUGACGUGAUACUAAAAUAUUAG